GCUGGUCGCGUUCGGCGCGUAGUGUAGCUAUAUACUCUGCUGUGCGCUGGGCUGGGCAAGACAUGAUAUACGUACAAGGCGCAGAUGCCGCCUUUUAGAUCCGAGUCACGACGACGCGAGUGCCCAGUCUCGAGUCGGGCGAGGUCUUUCACAGCAGCAGCCAAACAUCAGCAGCAGUCGCUCCUAUAUUUUUGGGGGAAUUGUUUCGUGUGUGCUGUGCUGUGUGUGUUGGGAAAAAAGUGUCUAAAAGAAACAAAAAUUAAAUUUCUGUUUACCCAGCGGAGAUUUUUCGCCAUUUUUGAAUUUGAUUUCAUUUUUCCCGCCACACAUAGUGAUUAUUCCGGACACUUAAUUAUUACUUGAAAUUUGUCUAAAUGAUCGCUUCUGAAUUGCAGAAACAGCAGUGCUGCGAGGUGUUUUAUCCCAUCGGGCUCAAAAGUGAGUGGACAAGACGAGUUGCCCAGUGACAUGUACUAUACCUCAUCGCACAAUCGAUUAAUUGAAAUGAAAUAAGGAGCAAUUAAGGAGCCAUUCAAGUGGGUCAAACUCGUGCGGUGCUUUUCAGUUGAUGGUGAAUGUGUGAUGGUCGUGCCGUGUGAAUUGUGUUCUCUGCCGUGUAUCAAGUGCAAAGUGUUUCCGUGCUGACGACAAUUUGAAUCCAAAUAGAAUAAUAGAAAAUAGAACAAUUGAUUUUACACACUCGGAUUAAUUGCUGCAAUUCAAACGUUCAGAGAGAUUCUUAGAUAAUACGUUGACAAAAUCGAAAAGGGACUUUCAGAUGAUGUGCUGUGACGCCAGUGUCGUUCAAUCUCUGAGCAGCAGCAGCAGUGCCGACAGUUGUUCUAUUCUAUUACGUUAUUAUUUUUCAUCAUCGACUUAUAAUCAUUCGCCUCUCGGCUGUUAGAUAUUUUGCGACUUAAAUAGAUGAUCAAAGGAGAGGGCCGACGUCAUUGGGUUGUUGGUCGUGUGUGACACAAUCGCCCCUCCUCUCUUUAUACUCCCCCCUCCGGCCGGAUAUAUAAUAUUUCCAGUCUAGGAGAGUGAGAUCUGUCCUCCUAUUUACUUGGGUGUUGCAGCUCGCCCUGAUGUGUUUUGUGCUGAAGACGACGAGACUAGCUCUCAGAACAUCCUCCUUCAGCAUCAGACGACGCCCUCGUCUUUUUAUCGAUAGCUAUAUUCCAGCAUCACGCAAUAAAACAAUCGAAUACGUCAUCCUUUUCCCAGCAGCAGCAGCAGACAACGCCACCCAAUGACGUCCGUCAGUUAACAGCCCCGAAAAUUUGGCAUACAAUUUGCAAACAGUGAGUGACGAAAUCAGACUGAAACUACAAGAACCCAAAAGAAAACCAAAAGUUUUUGUGGGUUGAAAAAUGAACAACAGCAGCACUCUAAUGGCUGUCUUGAUCUUCUUGAUAUUGGCCAUUUUGGAUCCGCAAUUGAGGCUCAUUAGCCAAUCGUCGUGUCAAGCUUCGCCCAGUUCGAUCCAGAACAACGUGACGGCCAUUCUGGACAAGCUGCAGCGCGGCUACGACAAACGCGUCCGACCUAAUUACGGUGGGCCACCGGUCGAAGUCGGCGUCACAAUGUUCAUCAUCUCCAUCAGCUCCGUCUCUGAAGUUCAAAUGGAUUUCACGACGGAUUUCUACUUCCGCCAGUACUGGAAGGACCCCCGCUUAGCGUUUGAUCGUCUGCCGGGCGUGGAGAGGAUCAUGGUGAGCACGGAAUACCUGAAAAACAUUUGGGUGCCGGACACGUUUUUCGCCAACGAGAAAUCCAGUUACCUGCACAUGGCGACGACGUCCAACGAGUUUCUGCGCAUCACCCAUCUCGGUGAAAUCAAUCGAAGCAUCAGGUUGACAAUCACGGCCUCCUGUCCGAUGAAUCUCCAAUACUUUCCAAUGGACCGUCAGUUAUGUUCCAUCGAGAUUGAAAGUUUUGGAUUCGCCAUGUCUGAAAUCACUUACCACUGGCUGGGUGGUAAGAAGGCGGUGGACGUUUCACCUGACGUCCAGCUGCCGCAGUUUCACGUGCUGGGCUAUCGGCAGGGUUACCGAGUCGAGAUGUUAACCACAGGCAACUAUUCGCGAAUGUCGCUGGAGAUCCAGUUCGUGCGCUCGAUGGGCUACUACCUGAUCCAGAUUUACAUUCCGUCCGGUCUGAUUGUCAUCAUCUCGUGGGUUUCCUUCUGGCUCAACAGGCAAGCCACGCCGGCUCGGGUUUCACUUGGCGUCACCACCGUCCUGACCAUGACGACGCUCAUGUCCUCCACCAACGCUGCCUUGCCAAAGAUCUCCUACGUCAAGUCCAUCGACAUCUUCCUCGGCACCUGUUUCGUCAUGGUCUUUGCUUCUCUCCUCGAGUACGCAACGGUGGGCUACGUGGAGAAGCGGAUCCGGCUGCGCAAGACCCAAUACCAAAUGAUGCAAAAGUUGGUGGAGAGUCGGAAAAAGACGGUGACGGUGGCCUUAGACUCUGCGGAGAUGGAACACGCUCCCAGACAGACGGAGGUGCGAUUCCUGAUGGGUCCGCACGGGAAGGCGAUGCCGAUCCACGAGACGUCGUCGUCUGGCCAACAGCACCCGAUGAUGCCGCCGUCUGCCGUCGGCUGCCAGGCGAUGGUCAACAACAGCAGCGGCGGCGGCGCCAUGAUCAUCAACGGUCCGAGGAUCGACGAGGAGGCGACGGCCGUCAUGAUCCCGCCGGGCAAGGAUCUCAACAAACUCUACGGUUUCACGCCGUCCGACAUUGACAAGUACUCGCGGGUCGUCUUCCCCGUCUGCUUCAUCUGCUUCAAUCUCAUGUACUGGAUCAUCUACUUGCAUAUCUCCGACGUCGUGGCAGACGAUCUCGAAUUCAUCAACCGCGGUUGAUGUAAUAAUAUCCUGAUAAUAAUAAUAAUAAUAUCGAUUAUUAUUAUUAUUAUAUAAUAUCAUAUAGAAAAGCGGCCGACCCAUCAAAGUGAAAGGAAAAACUCUUCUCUGCUGUGUGUGUGUUAUCACGUGCUGAGCUGCUAAAAGAUCAAACGACAUCAAUAACUGCACCAGAAAAUUAUAUUAGACACAAUUGUCUAUCUAUUACAAAACUGUGCCGUCUUAUAAUCAAUAUAUUAUAUGUACAAGUGCUGUGCUGUGUGUGUCUCGAUCGAGUUUUGAUUCCCAAUCAGCUCGUCCUCGUAUAAUAGAGACAAGAAAAGUGGGAAAUCUUGUUGAGAGAUAUAAUAUAUCUGAUCGAUUUCUGUGCGUGUGCUUAGUUGCGAUCUCUCUCCUCCAUCAUCAUCCAUAGCAUUCUUCUAUAUACAUCUCCUUUAUUUUCUUCGGCGAUGGGGAGUUAUAUAGAAGAAAAAGAGCUACACUAUUAUAUCUAUAUUGCUUUGUCGAUCAUCUCAUCCUCGCUCUUUUAUUUUUAGCUCACACACGAGGAUCGCGCCAGCAGCACAGCAGCGUUCGAUCAAACUCUUUCCGAUUGCUCACCAGCAGGGCCCCUCUUAUUUUCUCUCUCUCUCUACACACAUCACCAGCAAUCGAUCGCCCGCGUUUUUCCAUCACACCCAAAUCGAGUUGUUUUCUCCUGCAGCAUGUAUACACCGUCAAAAGAGCCAAUUCUUCUUCUAUCCUCCUCCUCUCUCCGCGGGCGUUUUUCUCUCUCUUUUUAUUUUGUGAUUCCAUUUUCUUGUACACAUGACAUUCUUUUGUCAAUCGAUUCUCUCUCUCUUAUAUUCGCCGACGAUGAUGCCAUUGUCUCUUCCUUUUCUAUUCCGACACACAAGUGGAUGAUCGCUGUGCUGCUAGCGGGGGCGAUGGAAAUAACAACAACAACAACACGCAGUUGAACUUUCAACCUUUUGACAUUUUCUAUUAUAUAGACCAGCAUCGCCCAGCAUCAAUGCUAAGGCUUUGAUCUCUAUUCUUCUCAGUUGGCUUCUUUACAAAACAACAAACCCAGACAUUCCAGCACACACAUGAGACAAUAAAAAGAAAUCAAUAAAUUAUAUAAAUUGACAUAUUAUUACAUAAUGCCGCAUAAUGCUGUACAUAAAUAUUAUAUAAUGCAUCCGCUAUAUAUUAUACGUAUAUACUGGUGGAUAUAUAUGUACAAUGGUUGCUGCUGAUGAAACACACAAGUUCUUGAUCAAUUUCGAUUCGACGAAAUCGAUAAAUGUCUCCAAGUUCGGACGAUACGUGGUCGCGCGAUUUACAUAUUCUAUAUAAUAUCGAUACUAAUAUAUAUAAAUAUAUAUCUAUUGUGGCGCUAUACUAUAUACGAAAUGUAUUCUUAUCAUUUAAAAGAAACCCCCUUUUUCUUUUGGCGAAUCUAGCUAUUUUGUACAUAUGUUACUACAUCACCACGACUUAUUAUAUACACACUCCCCCGUCCCGAUUAAAUUAUUCCUUUUUGAUACGACGAUUAUAUUAUAUUAUACACACAACACGGCAGACAAAUUGUAUAAAAUUCUAUUGAACGUAUAAAACUAUCGUGGGUGGCGUCAUUCUCUCUCUUAAUAAGGUCAAAGGAUGUUUUAAAAAAGGAAAAAGAUUUUGUUUUAUAUUUUCAUUUAUAUACGUCCAUGCUCAAAAUCAUUAUCUGUAAAACACACGAACCUCCCCCCCCCAUCC